UCUGGGACUUGUCUGAAAAGUAAAAUGCGUCUAUCGGAGGCUCCGGGGGGGAACGUCCACUGUGCAUAGGUGCUGUUUGGUCUGGGACAUGGCGCCAGUCCGGACCCCUCUCUGAGAGCUCGCUAAUGGACUUCAGGAGCAGAGACCCGGACACGGGAGGCGGAGAGGAGCCGAGCGGCGGGGGGCGGUCGGAGGGGGACCUGGACCCGGACAUGAACCUGGACCUGGAUCGGUCCUACCUGCUGUACCGGAGCGCCGGGUUAAACGUGGCGGCUUACCUGCUCUGCUGGAUCCUGCUCAGGUGGUACCAGAGACUCAGAUGCCAGUGUGCCGCUUCUCAGACCCAUGGAGUCCUCCUAGACUCUCCCAGUGUCUCUGACAGAUUAAACUCAGAGCGGGAGGCGUUUGGUGCCGACACACCGGAUGAAUGUUAUGAAUCCUGCUCCUGCCACAGUGGAACCCUAUCCAGCGGCUCUCUGCAGGGACUGGAUGAUGCUGAUAUCUGCCAGCGAGCUGCAGGUUGCAGGUUCUCCACUGGACUCGAUAAAGUCCGACGGAGAGAGACAUUGUCAGAUGCUUCAGAGACUAAUGUCAGGAGGAAAAGUCCAGAAAACCAUGUGGAUUGUAAUGCUCCCAGAGACCAGAGAUCAGCUGUGACCAGACCCUGCCCGAGGAAUGCAAUACUAGCACAUGACUUCCUCCAUGAGCCGCCCGAGGAGAGCACACAGUCAGACAGUUUACAUACUAAACGCCAGCAGGUAAAUGCUCUAAAAGACUCUGGAAAGGUGAAGCUCUAUGUGCAGCACGGAGAGAGGAGUCCAAACAGAAUCAGAGGCUUGACCCAGACUGAAGCAUGUAUGACACUAACUGCUAAAGAGGAGACGACUGUGGAGACGGGGACGACUCAGACAGACGACACAAAGUCAGACGUGAAAAAUAAAAAAGGGGAAGAAACAUUAGAAACAUGUUAUACUUUAAAUGGAUGCUACAGAGAACAUGGGCACUGUGCGAACAGUGUGUACUUAUCAGAUAAUACAACACAUCCCAUAGCAGAGAGCCACUGUAGAGAUGCACCAGACAGAAUUGUUACACCAGAACAGUCUGAAUGCGGAAUAAAUCUAACAAGAGACGUUAUUGCAGCAAGUCCAGAGCUCAGAGACACACAUGAUGCACAGAACGGGUCAGAGAUCCAGCCUCAGGGUCACGCUACUAGAGCAAAACCCCAGGACAAGGAUCAUCAGGAUCAAGAUCAGGACCUGGAUCAGCCCUGUUUCCAUGACAGGUCUACAACUGAGGGAACUGAACCAUCUGGGUCAGGGAAUGAAUUCUGUCCCUCCACCACAUCUCCCACAUCUUCUCCUCCAGUGGAGCUCUGUGCUACUGGACCUACUGUUCUUCCAAACAUUUCAAAACUUCUCCCCCCCGUCCUUUUGGCCAACAAGGAACAGCUCGCUGAGAGGCACUCUGAUCCAAAUCGACCUAAGAAUGCAAGGUCACAAUCAGGACUCGUUCCAGGCCAGACUCAGGGUUUAAUCCCUAAUCUCUUGGAGCAGGAGGUGGCUACGAUAGAAACCCCCACUCUUGUGCAGCUCCUUUCUGGGAGGCCGGAGCCGGGGCAUCAUUAUGUGGAAGACUUUUCCUUUUCUCCAGGCAGCUGUGGAGCAGAGAGGAGGAGGGUAGGAUCCUCCUCCUCUCUGCUCCGUCACAACCAGACAGAAGAGGGGGGUGGCUGCCAUGUUUAUCCUGACCAGAGAACAACUGUGGAAGCUGUGAGUGAAGACAAACGUCCACAAUCACAGACUGUCUCAGAGGAGCCCUCUGAGGACGGUGACCCUGGUGUUUGUUCCUCUCGGCUCAGUGAGAAAAGAGAAAGUUCCUCUCUGACAAACACACCAGCUACUGUUGGCUCAGCUUCAGGCCUCUGUAUGCUGGAGAAACUGGACUUGAUGAAACCGAAACCCACAUCCCUUCCUCUGGUGUCAGACACCAACAAUAACACCAAGGCAUCCAUUGACGGCCUGAAAAGAGGGAACGGUGUCGGCUGUUACUGCAAAAGCAAUGUGAAAAAAGCUUGCCCCUUGGUCCCCCCUCUGAGAUAUGCAACGCUUCAUCCACAGGCCAGACUCAGGGACAAGGAUGAGUCCUGGAAAGACUUCUCUGUUGAGCAGAGACCUAGGAGGGACUCGGAGGACUUUUUACCUGAGCUAGACCACCGUUGUCUUAUAAGCGUGUUUGAUACAGACAAGUUAGAGAAGAGUUGUGAUGCUACCAGAGUUGUAGAAAUUCCCCAAUAUUAUGACAGAGAUGAAGGCCUUCAGCAGGAGAGGCAGGAGUUAAACCAACCAGGGGGUCAGAGCCUACCCAACAGAAGAGAGGACACACAGCAACAAGUUAAGAUGGUGAGCUGCUCGUAUCCUAACAUCAGCCCUGCUAAUAGUAACCUCGAGCCAAUCCUGGAGCUUCCCCACCACCAGACCACACAGGAGCCUGGUACCACUACUGCAUUAGAUCCUGAGGGGGGUGCAGAGAACCCUGGUCUGAGCAGUAGCAAUGAAAAACCGAACAAAAAGAACAGUCAGGCUGGAAAGAAGGGCUCUAAAUUCUCUGUCUUUGCUAAAAUGCCUUCUUUUAGGAAGAGUAAGGCCUCGAAAGGCUACAAAAGCCAGGAGGACCACCUUGCUUCUUCUGACGGAGAGGAGCCAGGGCCCCAGAGAGACACCUCAGAUGAUGACAACCUCAAACAAACUGUCCAGCAAGUGUUUUUUUAUCAGAGGGAAGAGGGAGACAGUGGCUUCUCCUCCUCUACCUCCUACGCUCGUCACGUCAGUGAGCUCUCCAACAAGGGCAGUGAGGACGGCGGAGGACCAGGUCCAGACCACAUCCUCCUCAGGCAGCUCGACUCAUCGCACGGGAAGAGCUACAAGAGGAGCAAGAGCAACGACACUAUAAACAUCCUCACGCGCUUCACACAAGCACACAGGUCCCUCUCCAGCUUUUUUGAGUCCCGUUUGAACGAUGGGGAGAGUUUGAGGGACGUGGAUCCUGGUAAAACCAAACCCUCCUGGAUGAGGCUGAAGAGGACGAACAAGUCUUUGCCACAAAGAGACUGCAGCAGCACAGCUAGGACCCAGGACUGGGAUAACUUCACAUUCCACCCACACCAUCCAGGGUCACCGUCCUCCCUCCGAAUCCUUUGCCACACUGACCCCAUCUCCAACCGCAGGGCUCCUCAGAGAAGUCAAACCCAACACUCAGAUGGAUGCAAAACCGAGCAGUCGAGAGAAAGAUGCUCACAUCGUAGUCUACCUACCUUCUUAGAAGACCUCUCCAGCCCUGUCACACCUUUGAGCCCAUCCACUCCUAACAACCAGCAUUCACCGUCUCCGACAAGACCCCACCCAGGGGCCAGCAAGAGCUCUCCUGAGACCCCCCAAAGACCAAUGAGCCCUAAACCUAACACUCCCAGGCCGGUGUGUCACCGGCAGGUUUCUCUCCACCCCCAGUCAACAAGGAGCAGCUCCAUCUCUCCCAUCAGUCACUCACUCAGCGUGGAGGGACUGACCGACCCCCCCGACAGACCGAGGACCCUGAAACCUUCAGCCAGCCCUCUGGCUCUAAGCCUUAGUCCACUGGAUGCAGCCGAGGGAAGAACAGACAAACGGUCACAACUCCUCCUCUCUGCCAACGGCUCCAUCAGUGACAUGGAGGCCACUCGGAGCUAUGCACGACCCUCCAGCCGCUCCAGGUCAGGUCAGCUGGAGGAGGAGGAGGGGGAGGAGGAGGAGGCGAAGGAGGAGGACAAGGCCUCGGCGUUCUGGGACUGGUCGCUGGAUGGACGGCCUCGGAGGAGACAGUGUUCAGAUGACCUCUGGAUUGAAGAGCAAAAGAAGUUCAGAUGCAAACGGGACGCAGCCAUGAAGAGGAGCACGGGUCAGCUUAGCACACCAUCGUCUGAGAACAUGGACAAAACAGAUGCUGGAGUCACUUCGGGAGCCCCUGCGGCGCCCCAGGGAAUGUCCCUCAAGGCCCAUGGCUUCUCUCAGAGCACCCCCACUGGUCUGGACUGUUUGGGCUGGAGACGAUGCACUUCCUACUCCUCGAUGGUUGUUCCUGACGGGGCAUCGGAGAAGGCAGGACUCGGGGAUGAGCUGGGCAGCGAAGAGGAUCUUUUGUAUGAAGAGUUUCGCAGUUCUGGACAUCGUUUUGGACACCCAGGAGGAGGGGGAGGAGAACAGCUAGCCAUCAAUGAGCUCAUCAGCGAUGGCAGUGUGGUUUAUGCUGAAGCUCUCUGGGACCACGUCACCAUGGAUGACCAGGAGCUGGGCUUCAAAGCUGGAGAUGUCAUCGAAGUAGUGGAUGCCACUAACAAGGAGUGGUGGUGGGGACGCAUCACGGACAGCGAGGGCUGGUUUCCUGCCAGCUUCGUUAGGUUGCGUGUGAACCAGGAUGAGCCCAUGGAGGAGUACCUGGCCCACCUGGAGGCCCAGGCCGGAGAGGAGGACCGGGCUGGUCUGGGCUUGUUACUGGGACCUGGUCUACCAUGUAAAGAGCAGAUGAGGACCAACGUCAUCAGUGAGAUCAUGAGCACAGAGAGAGACUACAUCAAGCACUUGAAGGAUAUCUGUGAGGGUUACGUAAAACAGUGCCGCAAAAGAACGGACAUGUUCAACGAAGAGCAGCUUCGUACGAUCUUCGGCAACAUCGAAGAGAUUUACAGAUUUCAGAGAAAGUUUCUGAAAGGUCUGGAAAAGAAGUUCAACAAGGAGCAGCCGUACCUCAGCGAGAUCGGCUGCUGUUUUCUUGAACAUAAAACAGAUUUCCAGAUCUAUUCAGAGUAUUGCAACAACCACCCUAAUGCCUGCAUCCAGCUCUCCAAACUGAUGAAGGUCAACAAGUACGUGUUCUUCUUCGAGGCCUGCAGGCUGCUCCAGAAGAUGAUUGACAUUUCUCUGGAUGGCUUCCUGCUCACCCCGGUUCAGAAGAUCUGCAAGUACCCUCUGCAGCUGGCUGAGCUCCUCAAGUACACCAACCCUCAGCACAGAGACUACAAAGAUGUGGAGGCAGCCUUAAAUGCCAUGAAGAAUGUCGCCCGGCUGAUCAACGAGAGGAAACGACGCCUUGAGAACAUCGACAAGAUCGCCCAUUGGCAGAGCUCCAUAGAGGACUGGGAGGGGGAGGACGUCCUCAGCAGAAGCUCCGAUCUCAUCUUUUCGGGGGAGUUGACCAAGUUGUCCCACCCUCAGGCCAAGAGUCAGCAGAGAAUGUUUUUCCUCUUUGACCAUCAGAUGGUUUACUGCAAAAAGGACCUCCUGCGCCGGGACAUGCUGUACUACAAGGGCCGGAUGGACAUGGACCAGAUGGAGGUGAUAGACAUGGAGGAUGGCAAAGAGAAGGACUUUAACAUCAGCGUGAAAAACGCCCUGAAACUCCAGUCUGUGGCUGGUGAUGAAGUCCACCUCCUGUGUGCCAAGAAGCCUGAGCAGAAGCAACGCUGGCUCCGAGCCUUCGCCGACGAGAGGAGGCAGGUCCAGCAUGACUACGAGACAGGUUUCUCUCUGACAGAAGUCCAGAAGAAACAGGCCAUGCUAAAUGUCUGCAAAAGCCAUCCAACAGGGAAACCGAAAGCCGUGACCAGACCCUACUACGAGUUCCUCCUGAGACAGAAACACCCCUCCCUCCCAGCUGCUCUGCCCCAGCAGCAGGUCUUCAUGUUGGCCGAACCCAAGCGCAAAACCUCCACCUUCUGGCACAACAUCGGCCGGCUGACCCCCUUCAAGAAGUGAACAGGGAGGAGGAGGAGGAGGAAGAGGAGGAGGAGGAAGCAGAGGGCUGGCUGCUGGUGCCUGAACAGAUCCUUUGUAAUGUUUGUUUGCAUCCCGCUCAGAGCUUUGGGCCCUCACUGAUAGACUGAUUUAUUGUAUAGAUGAAGAUGAUGAUGAGGAUGAUGAGGAGGAGAUUAUUUUUUGGAAGCACUUUAUUAGUUGGUUAACAAUCAGACCUGAGAGUCCAACACCAAGAGAUGUACUACUACCAUACCUUCAAUCAGCACGCACAGUAUUAAUACUACUACUGGUACUACUACUGGUAUUACUGGUACUGGUUAUACUGGUACUACUACUGGUACUACAGGUACUGGUGCUGCUGUCUCUGUUCCUUUCCACUGUUCUGCUGUGUUUUCAUUUGACAGAUGCCAACUGGUAACAGUGCCAGAUGAUUUGUUUUUUCUAUGUUGUUUGUCCUGUAUUAGGUAAAUGGAGGGUGGAGGGGGGAGUGGUGGUUGGGGUGUGUGUGUGGGUGGGGUGGGGUAGGGGUUCUUGUGCAUAUUUCUCUGUGCGCUGAUUUCAUUUCAGCAUCAUUUCAGCAGCGACUUUGUGACCUCCACCUACCAGGACCUGGCUUUGGAAUUUUCUGGUGCAUUUGUGGCAUUUGUGCAAACACAACAUCCCCCCCUUAUAAUGGAUCCCUCCAGCCCUGCUAUCUGUCCGUUUUUCCUUUAAUAUUUUUAUUUUUUAUUUUUGAAGUGCCAUUUGAAGUGCAUCGUGGAUGACUUACAGUGACAUGCAUGGAAGAAAAAAGAAAAAGCAAACUGUGAACACUCUGCAGACCCGUGCUAUAUUUAACCAGAUCCAGGAAACUACGACAGCAUCACUCUCUCUCUCUCUAUUCUCUCUCUCUCUUUCUCUUUCUCUUUUAUCUACCUGAUAUCUCGUGUUCUUGCUUUGUGUCUCUGGUCUCCGGUACGAUCUCAUGUGGAUCAGUGCAGCUCCGUGAUAUCGCUUGGUGCAUUCAGUGAAAUGAAACGCACUCCUUUUCUCACUUUUUUCUGUUCCAAUGUUUUAGCUUCUGACCGUAUUAAACAUUCCUAAUCUGACAAA